AUGGCCGAAAACUACCAAGUCAUGGAGGAGCUGGGCAGUGGGAGCUUUGGAAAGGUGUUCAAGGCCAUUGACCGUACUACCGGCGAGACGGUCGCUAUCAAGCACAUCGACCUCGAGGACAGCAGCGAGGAGCUGGCCGACAUCCAGGCCGAGAUUUCACUGUUGAGCACAUGCCACAGCCCGUACAUCACCGAAUACAAGACCAGCUUUGUCAAGGGCGUAAAGUUAUGGAUAGUCAUGGAAUAUCUGGGCGGAGGAUCGGCCGCAGACUUGUUGCAGUUGGCACCAGGAACUUUCAGCGAAGCCCACAUCGCCAUCACUUGCCGAGAACUCCUGCUUGGACUAGACUACCUACAUUCCACCGGCAAGAUUCAUCGGGACAUCAAGGCCGCCAACGUACUACUCACAGACCAGGGCAAAGUCAAGCUCGCUGACUUCGGUGUCGCCGCACAACUCACAAACAUCAAAUCGCAACGCAUGACGUUUGUCGGCACACCGUUCUGGAUGGCACCAGAGGUUAUCCAAGAGGCUGGCUAUGAUUUCAGGGCCGAUAUCUGGUCACUCGGUAUCACCGCUAUGGAGUUGGCAGAGGGCGCACCACCACAUGCUGGAUCACAUCCCAUGAAGGUGCUCUUUACUAUCCCGAAGAACCCAGCACCAAGACUAGAGGGCGACGAGUGGAGCAAAGACUUCAAAGACUUCAUUGCCCAAUGCCUCAUCAAGGACCCGGACCGACGUGCGACCGCCAAGGAGCUCCUCAAACAUCGAUUUGUCCAGCGUGCGGGCAAGGUGGAGGCACUGCGUGAGCUGGUCGAGCGCAAGCAGAUGUUCGACGCCCAAAGGGAACAGCAAGCGGCAUCGCACCCCAAGUACUACGAAGAGACCAUGGUUGAUCUUUCCCCUAGAGCUGAGGAAGACGAUUGGGACUUCGACACUGUUAAGCGGGGUACUGUUCAGGCACGGCAAACUAUGAAACAACGUCGCAAACUGGCCCGUAUACCCUCCUCUGGUAAUGAAGAGGUUGAGAGUGUGAUGCAACGAAUGGAUCUCAAUGCAGCACCUUUGGGCGACAUUACUGAUUCACCACUUCCAGCACGCCGACGGCCGUCUUCUCGACGAUCUUCCCAAGCCACGGCUUUCCGUGUUCCUUCAGGCGAUACGCCCACCGCUCGUCGCGUCAGCAACUUCAACAAGUCGCCCCUAGGCGUUGACAUGACAUUCGGAAACUCGCCCUCGACUGUACGGCAUUUCAAACGUGUCUCCUCGGACGAGCGCCGUGCAGCACUCCGCUCAAAUCCUCCACCAGUAGCUCAGAACAAUCAGUCUUUCCAACCAAAUCCCGAAGCACGAACCUUCCGUCCAUCACCUCCGACAUCUAAUCAUCCACUGGAUAUGAACAACGAGAACGAACCGCCUGCUCCCGAUGGUCAUAUGCCUAUCACGAAGGAUGCUCUAUACGGUCGCCGAGCGUACAGCAAGGUCCUAGAUUCGGUUUUCCAGGAGGCACAUGCCGAUACAGCAUCGCCUCAUCAACGGGACGCUAUCGGACGUGUUGCGCAAGCCUGGCAGCAUCUUGACGAGGUCGAUCCCCACGGGGAGUUCAUGCUAUUGAAAGCCAUGGUCGACCGUCUCAAGAAUGACACCAAGCUUGCGUACGCUCUCGGCAUCGAAGUCUCAGCUGUGCAAUCACCGUUGAAGCACAACACCAAGACUAGUGACACUAGUUUGGGCGGCACAACUGUCCAUGGCACUGGCACAACACGUAUCCGGUCUAGUACUACAAGUGCGGCCACUUCAACCGUCAGUAAAUCUUCGGAAGAGUACGACCACACACCGAUAUCAACACCGACGCGGAACAACACACCCAUCGCCAAUUCAGGCUCUCCGUUGAAGGGGCCUAAGCUGGUGAUGGCGAAGAACAACCCUCACCUAAAGUCACAUAAGCGCCGUCAAAGCGCAUUUGUAGUUGGCGAGAAGGGCUUCGGUGCCGACGGUCACGGUUAUUUCGAUGAGAAGAAGCUACCUGGCUAUGUCGAGCCUGGUAUGGAGCAACAAGGGUUGCUAGCUGACAUUCUUUAUGGGCAAUGGACACAAGGCCUGCGCACUCGGUGGCCUAUCGCAUAA